AUGGAGUACCCUCCACAGUACCAACAGCCUCAUGGCCAACAUCCCCAUGCUCCUUCACAUAUGCCCGGUCCAUACCAAGCUGGACCGCCACAACCUGGUGCACCCGUGGGAUCGAUGGCCUCACCCACGAAUGCCCAGCCUCCCAUGCAAUCACAACAUCCUUCCCAUCAGACAUCACCCAUCGUCCCGUCGCAGCAGCAUUACCAGCAAGCGCAGGGCGGCCCUGGUGUUCACCAACAGAUGAAUUUCCCUCAAGGCUAUGGCGUCUCUCCCGCCAUGCCUCAGCCAUACGGUAUCUCGCCCACGCAGGCUGCCGCGAUGGCCACUGCUGCCGCUUCCGGACAAUUCUAUCCUCUUCAGCAACACGAUGGUAUGGCUGGUCAGAUGGCUCCCGGGACACGAGGCUCGCCGCGGAUGGCCGGUGUACCUAUGAAGGCGGAUCGGAAUCCUCGCUCCCCGCCCCAGAUGCCCGGUCAGAUGCCUCCGAUGGGCUCGCAGGUUCAAAUGGCGAACCAGCAGAUGCCCCCUGGUCGACGAAUGAGCCACAUCGGUAGCCCCAAUGUACCGAGUGCCCAGCCCGUGAUGAAUCACGUUGGCCGACCCUCCGUCGCGCAGCCCAUGCCCGGCGCGCCCCAAGCUGCUAUCCAGCAGAACCAGCCGUCGCCGGAGAUGGUGCCUGGCGGUAACCAGGAAGAGUCGCCGCUCUAUGUCAACGCCAAGCAGUUCCACCGUAUCCUGAAGCGCCGCGUCGCGCGCCAGAAGCUCGAGGAACAGCUCAGGCUUACGUCUAAGGGACGCAAGCCGUAUCUGCACGAGUCGCGACACAAUCACGCUAUGCGCCGCCCUCGUGGCCCCGGCGGCCGUUUCUUGACAGCCGACGAGGUCGCCGCGAUGGAUAAGAAGGCGGCCGAGGGUGAUGGUGAUGCUGCGGCUGAUCUCGGCAAGGAGAACGGCUCGGCAGGACAGAAGCGAAAGUCCAGCGAGGGCAAUGAUGACGGUGGCAGCGCGAAGAAGACCAAGACGAGCGCUAGUGCCGAUGCCAGUGAGCAAGAUUCGGCUGAGCCGUCGGAUGAGGAUGGUUGA